AUGUUAGAAGAAAAAUUUGCUAGUAAUAUUGAAACAAUUGAAGAUGCAUUUAGUCACGAAGUUUAUUAUAAUUGUAUGAAGAGUGCUGAAAAAUUCACGAAUGAGCAUGAUCUUGAUGAAGAACGAGUACAAACACCACAAGAUUCAAUAGCCAAGAAAAUGCAAAUACUUGAGACUCGACAAGAUAAUGUAUUAGAAUAUCUUCGCUGUUUAAUGAAUGGUAUGAAAAUGAUGGCAGGUGAAUGUAUUAAAGUGUCUGAACUCCGUCGUCUCGAUGCAGAGGAAUUAAUUGAUGAAACAAUCGGUCCUAGUGAUCAGUCAAGACGAGAUCUUCAACGAGAUUCGAUAAUAGCGGAUACACGUCGCACAUCAAUCACUCCUGGAAUUUUACAAGUUUCAUCGAUGAAUUUUUUUCAAUCUCUUAAAACGUAA